AACUGGGUCCCUGCUGUUCGGCCGGAAGCGGCUAGCAGCAUUAGCAGCAUUAGCUUCUCCAGCUGCGUGUUGGUCAGCUGACUGAUCAUGUGACUCCCGGUCGGUCCGGUUCCCACCUGAGAGUAUCUCCAUUUCUCCUCGAACUACCCGCAGCAGGGAGGCAUGAAGCUGGAGACCCAGUGAGAAGCUGCUGGAUUCAACAAGCGAGCCGAGCCUGGUUCUGGUUCUGGUUCGGGCGGAAGUUUUCCUAAUUUGGGCUUGGAAGAUCCUCCAGGAUGGGUCCAGACGGGAAGAAGCUGCUGAACAUCGUCAUCCUCGGCUUCGGCUUCAUGUUCAUGUUCACAGCUUUCCAGACAUGUGGAAACAUUGAGCAAACGGUCAUCAAGAGCUUUAACAGCACCGAGUUUCAUGGAAGCGGCUAUACAAGUAUGGCGAUCAUUUAUGGCGUUUUCUCCGCCUCCAACCUGAUGGCGCCCUCCGUGGUGACGCUCAUCGGUCCGCAGGUCUCCAUGUUCCUCAGCGGGAUCCUGUACAGCGGCUACAUCGCCAUGUUCAUCCACCCGCUCACCUGGAGCUUCUACACGGCCUCCGUCCUGGUGGGCGUGGCCGCCGCAGUCUUGUGGACGGCUCAGGGAAACGUUUUGGCGAUCAAUUCCACCGAUCGAUCCAUUGGGAGAAACAGUGGCAUUUUCUGGUCUCUGCUCCAGUUCAGCUUGUUCUUUGGGAACCUCUACAUCUACUGCGCCUGGCACGGCCACGUCCACAUCACAGACAAGGACCGUCGGACCGUCUUCAUCUCUCUCACCGUCAUCAGUUUGGUCGGCUGCUUCCUCUUCUUCCUGAUCAGGAAACCCGACCCGGAGUCUUCCUCCGGUUCUGAGGCGACAGAGUCUCUACUACAGACUGAGUCCGGAGACGGGUCCACAGACAGUUCAUCCAGACCAGAUCUCUGCACUCAGGCUCUGGAUGCUUUUGUUCAGGCCUGCAGGAUCUCCGUCACCAAGGAGAUGCUGCUGCUGAGCGCCUCCAUCGGAUACACAGGUCUGGAGCUCACCUUCUACAGUGGCGUGUACGGAACCUGUAUCGGCGCCAUGACCCGGUUUGGGUCCGAUGCCAAGAGUCUGAUUGGCAUCUCAGGGAUCUGCAUCGGUCUAGGAGAGAUCAUAGGAGGGGGCGUCUUUGGGAUGCUAAAUAAGAAAAAUCGCUUUGGGCGGAACCCGGUGGUUCUGCUGGGCCUCAUAACGCACUUUGUGGCGUUUUUCCUGAUUUUCUUGAACAUCGCCAGUGACGCUCCGCUGGCGCCGGAGGGCGGCACGGAUCUGGAGGCCUUUAUCACACCCAGUGUUGCCGUGGCGAUGAUCUGCAGCUUCCUGCUGGGCCUUGGCGACAGCUGCUUCAACACGCAGCUGCUCAGCAUCAUCGGCUUCCUGUUCCGGGACAACAGCGCCCCCGCCUUCGCAGUCUUCAAGUUCAUCCAGUCCAUCAUGGCCGCCGUGGCCUUCUUCUACAGCAACUUCUUGCUGCUGCACUGGCAGCUCCUCAUCCUCGUCGUCUUCGGCUUCCUGGGCUCCGUGUCCUUCUUUGCUGUCGAGUGGCUGGCCGAGUCCAGGAGGAGGGACUCGGACUACGACAGCAUCUGAAGCGUCCAGGAGACGCCCAGAUGGACGGACGCCAGGAGACGCCGUCCUCCCAGAUAAAGUCACCUUGCUGGAUGGUGGAGGGAAAACCUGGAGCGGAUCACGCCUGAGGAAGCUGCUGCUGUAGAUGUCUGGAGAGACCGUGGACAUCCAGGUGGUCCAACCUGUCUCUGGAGACAUUCCUCAUUUGCUUUAAACAGAACCUGCUGCUGGUUCUGGGUUCUCUGCAGAACCUCUGAGACCAGAACCAGAACAUCUCAGUUUAAAUGACACACUAACACACAGGUGUCAAACUCCAGUCCUCCAGUCUGCUGCCUUGCAACCUUUAGAUGUGUCUCUGCUGCACCACCUGAACAGAAUAAUCAGGUCAUUAAGGUUCUGGAGAACCGAUCUGCACAAGGAGAAGGUCAUGAAGCCGUUUCAUUCCAGUGUUUGUACCUGUGGCACAGCUAAAACCUGCAGGACUGGAGUUUGACACCCCUGCACUAACUGGAGCUGGGUUUAUUUAAGGGUGUCGGCGUCCAUCAGUCCAGAUAUAAAUGCACACCACACUUUUCAGAUUAUUAAAAUGUAAAAAAAAAAAAAAAACAAUCAAUAAUUUCGGGAAUCUUGGAUCAUUUUUCUCCCUCCGCAUAGUUCUGAUCCCCGAAGCUUGGGUUUGGACUAGGCCAAAAUGUGACGAAAUGUUCUGGAAGACUUGGAAGUAACCUUUGAACUGGAGUUUAUUCAGUUUGUCCAGUUAUUUGAAUUGAUCUCAAAGGGAAAUUAGUGACUAGAAACGUAGUUUUAUUAUUUUUAUGCUAAUUUUGGAGCUCCGCCUUCGACUUCCUCUGGACCAGCCCAGGAAGAACCAGUUUAACGGCACUGGUUCCAAACCCAGCAGAUAAUCCAGGUUAUCGCGCUCCGGCUUCCAUCUGGCUGAUUUCAGGGUUCAUUUAAUCCGAGUCAAUAAGGGAAAUAAUCAGUUUCAUAUUUCUUAAAUGUAGUAAUUAUGGAUUAUCGAUUGUUUUUUGUUGCCAAUAAAAUCGUAUGUAAAACAUCAGCUGCUUAUCUGGUUACAGCAGGAACCAAAGGGUUAAAGAUGGCCGACGUGGACAGAACCGGCUUCAGUUUGCUGGUUUCUGGAUCUCAGCAGAAACGGGUCAGUUUUUAUUCUGGGUCAUAAAACCAAGACAGCGGAAUAAGCCGAUAUUUUCUGACUGUAUUGAUCCUUGAUUCAGUUUCACCAAAACAGUAGCGCGUUAGUUACCAUGGCGAUUUAUCCUGUGCAGCUAGCCUGCUCCUGACCAGGCUAACCGCCAGGCUGACAGGAAAUAUCUUUAUCAAUUUAAAGCUUAUCCACAGGAAACUGAUCGAGUCCAAGAGUAAAAUCAAACUGCUGCUUGUUUGUCUCAUGGAUUUUACCAUGUUUCUGUCCUUUCUGUUUAAUGGUUUUAUUCCGUGACACUGUGCAAUAAUUAAAAUACUUUACCAAUA